AAAGAAACUCUUCUGUUCUUUUCCAGAAUGAAAUGGGGGGUUUAACCAAAAUAAAACCCUAGCGAAGCAUCGAUUUCAAAUCAGUGAAAUUUUUGAAUAUCUACGUUCCUCAUCUCCAGCCAUAGUAGAAGAAUUCACCUCAAACGCUGUUAAAAAAAUCAUCAUUAUCAGGUUGCACAACACCAUGGAAGAAUCGAGAAACUCAUCGAUUAUUGAUAAUGGUAUUGAUAGAAUUAGUAACUUACCAGAAGCCCUAAUUCAUCACAUUCUCUCUUUCCUUGACAUGAGAUGUGUAGUUCAAACAUGUGUUUUUUCGAAAAGGUGGAGGUAUGUAUGGCCUUCUGUGUCAAAUUUAGUCUUCAGAGGAGAUGCAUUUGGCAAACCUGGAGUUAAACAGUUGAAGAGGUUUAAAAAGUUUGUGACAAACGUACUUAUGCGGAGAAACUUCGAUGAUAUACAUAAGUAUCAUCUUCAUUGGGGGAAUUGCAACAUCCAGACGAACAAGAUAAUAAGAAAGCAUCUAGAUAGGUGGUUACUUACCGGGUUAGUAUGCAAUGUUCAAGACCUAUCUAUUUGCAUUGAAGCUGAUGACUGCCGCUGUGAUCAUGAAAUCAGAUUUCCACAUUUUCUGUUUAAUUCUCAAUCCUUAACGAAAUUGGUAUUAGAUUUGACUCAUAAUGCUGAAUCACAAGUUAUUCUUCCCGAAUCAAUGGAUUUACCUAGGCUAAAACUUAUGUCGCUUAGCUCGUUUUUUGUCAAGGAUGGAGAUUCGAUUAAUAAACUUAUCUCAGGCUGUCCAAUUCUUGAAUCUCUGAUCUUGAGAGAUAUUUGGAUCGAAAAUGGCUAUGAUAUGAAUGUGAAAAUUGAGUCUCAUGGACUGAAGCAUUUAGAAAUUAAUAGUAAUAUUGAUAUCCUUGUUUGUUCCCAUUAUAACAUCGCAAAGAUUAUCAAACUAUCGACUCCGAAUCUGGAAUCAUUCAUCUGCAAAGAUUACAUGUUACAAGAGUAUUGUCUAGAAAAUGUUCCUUCUCUAGUCACUGCUGAUAUUGAAAUUCUCAAAGAAUCCGGAUACGAAUCUCUUGAAAAAAGCCAUUUAGAGAUUUCUGAAGAAGAGAAAAAGAGAUUGUAUCCUAAGCGUAUGGCGGAAUUCAUCAGAGGAUUUCAUAAUGUAAAAGAGCUAACAAUUUCAUCACCUGGAUUUCUUCAGGUAUGGUUUCUUCCUAGCUAUAUCUGUUACAAUUUCUAUCCAGUUUCAUUUUUCCAACCUAAUAUGGGUAGCGUACAGUCGUACACUAUUGUUUUUUAUGUGUAUCUAGCUCUUUUCUGGUCAUCUUUCAAGUUUCCAUCAACGGCUACUUGUAGUAUUGUGUCAAUACUUUUUGAAAAUCUGUUGGCAUAUUCCACUUAAUGCUUCGGACGAACAUUCUCUUAGAGCAAAGAUCAUCGCCCUUGAUUUCUUGAAGUCGAGGAUGAUGAUUAAAUGUUAUUAGCUUGCCUUUCCAUGGAUCUUCACUGAUUUCUGAGAUCAACAAACCAAGAGCUAGACAUGCUUGCAGUGGAGGUCCUACCAUACUCCCGGAUACAUCACAAAUUGCAAGACAGUCUUUGAAUUCUCCUUUUGUCCAUUUGAUCAUUAACCAUUCUUUGACAUUGAAGUUCUGCAACAACACAACCUGUUCCCUCAUCAAUCUCACAAGGAAGCAGUUCUCCAGCUGCAAUUUUUGCAUCACCUCUCUUGACGCUCUCUAGAUAUUUCUUGAGUCGUUCUUCAUCGUGUUUCAUGAAGAACUUUUUAUACUUUUUCAUGUCUGACAUGUGAUACUCUGUCGUAAGGCAGAGAAUCCAAUGUGUUCGAACCAAUGUAAACUUCUGGAAAAUACAAAGCUUUUCUGAGCGGGACAAGGAAUUCUUUCCUUAGACGAUAGCCUAUUCUCUUUGCAUAGUGAGCUUCUUCAACUCCUUUGUAUUCUGUAUACGAACUAUGCAGAUAUAUUUUUCUGGCGACGCUUUCAGUAAAUAGAAUAGAGUGUUCAAAAGAAGAGCGCGGUGAUGGACACCAUUUCGAAGCGAAACUAAUCUUAUCGAGCUCGCCAGAUUCCAUGAAUUGUAAAUCAGAAAUCAAGCUUUUGUAGAACGCCAGAUUCCAUGAAUUGUAAAUCAUAAAUCAAGCUUUUGUAGAAUUCAGUGAUUUUAUCGUAUAAGAAUCUGUAGUCAGGAUCCUGUCUCCAGAGCUUUAAUCCGCAAGGCACAAUUCUUGUCCUGUCUCCAAAAAAAAAAAUUAUUUGUCAAAAAUCCUAAGACCUGUUCAUGGAUCCUUAAUUUGGUUGCUGAAUGCUUUAAUCUCAGAAUAAGAAACCAAAAAAAGAUUGUACGGUUUUGAAUUAGACCGGCUAAUAAAAACGAAAGAAAGAACUAUUA